AGUUAACAUGUCCUUUAUUUCUUCAGAAUGCCUGUCUGGGGAGGUGGAAACAAGUGUGGGGCCUGUGGGAGGACCGUGUACCAUGCGGAAGAGGUGCAGUGUGAUGGGAAAAGCUUCCACCGCUGCUGUUUUCUGUGCAUGGUUUGCAGGAAAAAUUUAGAUAGCACAACAGUGGCAAUUCAUGAUGAAGAGAUCUACUGCAAGUCCUGCUAUGGAAAGAAGUAUGGACCGAAAGGCUAUGGUUAUGGCCAGGGUGCUGGCACCCUCAACAUGGACCGUGGCGAGAGGCUGGGCAUCAAGCCAGAGAGUGUUCAACCUCACAGGCCUACAACAAACCCAAAUACUUCUAAAUUUGCUCAGAAAUAUGGAGAUGCUGAGAAGUGUUCCAGAUGUGGGGAUUCUGUAUAUGCUGCCGAGAAGAUCAUUGGAGCUGGAAAGCCCUGGCACAAAAACUGUUUCCGAUGUGCCAAGUGUGGGAAGAGUCUUGAAUCAACAACUCUAACUGAGAAAGAAGGUGAAAUCUAUUGUAAAGGAUGCUAUGCAAAGAAUUUUGGGCCCAAGGGAAUUGGUUAUGGCCAAGGAGCAGGAGCCCUUGUUCACGCUGAAUAAAGGUGUAAACUCCCAAACCAAGUAUCACACACUGAGAAUCUCUUCAUAAUCUAAACACAGAUAAUCUCUUAACACUAAACUGUGAAAUUCUAGCAGCAUUUAAGUACUGUAUAUUAUGCUGUACUUGCAUAGGCUGGCUAACUUGUAAGAAAAUACACUGUAUCCUUUUGCUUUAUUCUCCAGCAUUUUAGAGAAUCAUCUCUUUCACAUUUUAAAUAAAACUCAGCUUGAGUUGCAUGUUCAA